AUGCCCAACAUCAGAUUCGCCGUCGGCCUGACGAAGCUGUUACCAUUCCUGGGCUUCCACCAUGUGUUAAUGAUAUUCAUCGCAUUGGCGAUCAUCCUAUUAUCAUUACUACUAGCAGGAUGCUCCUCCUCCUCGCCCGCCAUCCCCAACAUCUUCCUAAUAUCCUUCUUCUAUCAAAUGUACGCGCCGAAUUAUGAUCCCACGCAAGUCGACCCGGGCGUCAGCGCCGCCAUUGCAAACAUCGUCGGACGCGCUUCAUUAGAAGUCCGAGUGGGAUACUUCGGAAUCUGCAUCAACAACGACGGAGGAAGCUUCCUGUGUUCGAACAACGCGACGCUCCUCGCCGAGCAGCUGUCGAUCGAAGAGGAUCCCCUGAACCUCAUCUACGUGGCGAACACGUUCAAGAACAGCGUCGUCUUCCCAUACCUAAUAAUCAUCGCCAUCAUCCUGGCCUUCGUCACCUUCCUCCUCCUCGCGACCUUCCCAGGCUGGCACGAAGAGCACAACGCCUCCACCGGCAGCGACAUCGACAUCAAACCCUUUCCCUCCCGCGCAGUGAUGCAAGUCGCCGUAGCACUCAUCUUCAUCUCCUCGAUCUUCAUCCUGGUGUCGGUGCUAUGGCAGCACACAGCAUCAGUCGCGGCAGCACAGGUCGCGGGAGAUUUCGGGAACGGAUCCGUACGGAGUGGAGUCGGCACCAGCGCGAUGGUGUUGGGUUGGUUCAGCUUCGCGCUGUUCAUCAUCGUGACGAUCGCGCUGAUCGUCAUGAUUUUGAGCAUCCAAUUGUUGGACAAAUUGACGGAUGAUGAUUGA